UGUCAUUCCACCUACUUUUCUAUAGCUUUGUUUGCCCACCUCCUCUUCACAUAUUCUACCACAAUAUUCAAAAUGAGUGUGCUGGAUCCCCGCCCGUAUCACAUUCUCAGCUAUGGCUCCCUUCUCGGGGUCCAGCUCUACCAGACUUUUGUUUCUGGCAUAGUUGCCUUUAGGGCUCUUCCCCGCCCCCAGUUUGCGGCCCUGCAAACUGCAACAUUCCCGAUCUACUUCACCAUCCAGUCUGCUCUGCCUGUCGUGGUUGCCUUGACGGCUAGCCGGAAUGGACAGUCCCUUGGGAUCUCAGGACUCCUUGCACCAGAGAACCGAUACAGCACUUUGUUUCCCAUGGUUACGGUUAUGGUGACCGGGCUGCUGAACCAGUUCGUGCUCCGUCCGUUGACUAUUGGUAUCAUGCGGGAACGGAAGCAUCAGGAAACCCGUGAUGGCAAGAAGAGCUACGACGCCCCGCCCCACUCCAAGGAGAUGCAGACCCUGAACAAGAGGUUUGGUCGUGUUCAUGGCGUGUCGAGUCUGAUCAACAUGGUCUGCCUGGGCUUUACUAUUGGGUAUGGCUUUGUUCUUGGUGGUCGCCUUUCUUAAAGGAAUGGUGCUUGAUAUAAAUUGAACCUGGACCAUCACAAAUGGUAUUGCACAUGCUUAGCAUUUGAAAUGUCUGUAUAUAUCAUGGUAUAUCUUUUCUAGAUUGGAAAUCCAC